CCGCAUCCCUCUCCCGCAUCCCUCUCCAGCAUCCCUCUCCAGCAUCCCUCUCCCGCAUCCCUGUGGCCGUCUCUCCCCGUGUCCCUGGCGGCUGGGAGCCGAAGUUGGGCGGAUGGCAGCUCCCCGGCUCCUCUAGAGGACCACGCAGCCCAGCCUCUGAUCCCCCCUCCCCUUUUCCCUUUCCCCUCCCCCCAACCCCGGACCUUUCGGUGCUGUGUCCAGUCCUGCAGGAGGCCACUUGGGGACUGAAGCAGCUGAAAUGAGAAAGAGGCAGCAGUCACAAAAUGAAGGAACAUCUGCUAUGUCUCAAGCCCCGGGAAACCAAAGGCCCAACAACACAUGCUGCUUUUGUUGGUGCUGUUGUUGCAGCUGCUCAUGCCUCACUGUUAGGAAUGAAGAUAGAGGGGACACUGCAGGAAGAUUCGCACAUACAACCAAAAUGGAGAGUAUCCAGGUCAUAGAGGAAUGCCAAAAUCCCACCACAGAUGAAAUUAUGUCGUGGUCUCAGAAUUUUGACAAGAUGAUGAAGACCCCAGCUGGCCGAAACCUCUUCAGGGAGUUUCUUCGAACAGAAUACAGCGAAGAGAACCUACUUUUCUGGCUUGCCUGUGAAGAGCUAAAGAUGGAACAGAACAAGAAAGUUAUUGAAGAAAAGGCCAGGCUCAUAUAUGAAGAUUAUAUUUCUAUACUUUCACCUAAAGAGGUCAGUCUCGACUCUCGAGUGCGAGAAGUGAUCAAUAGAAAUCUUUUGGAUCCCAAUCCUCACAUGUAUGAAGAUGCCCAACUUCAGAUAUACACUUUAAUGCACAGAGACUCUUUCCCAAGGUUUUUGAACUCUCCCAUUUAUAAGUCUCUUGUUGAAAGUAUUGGCUCUACUGCUGAAUCCUAGUUUUCAUUUUUGGAAACAAUAUCAAUUGAUUUUUGGAGGGCUGGGGUGGGAAGUAAAAAAGUAGUUAAAUACCAUCUGAAGCUGAGUUCCUGGGGAACUACAGUUUAGCACUACUCAGGCUACUGUGAAAAAAAAAAAAUUCAACACAUUAUAGUCUUUUGUCUGCAUUUUCACCGAGAUCAUUCAUGCUUAAGUUUGAAGAAAACCUAGAACAGUGGGAUUGCCAAAUGACAGUUGUUUUACUCACCACACACUUACUGCAAGCAAGAUGUACGUAGAGUUCUAUGAACAGUCUCCUUGUGUAUCCUCACAUUGCAUGUGCAAGGUAAAGCUGCUUCAUUUGCCACUUAGGUGUUGCAAUAUUUAAUCCAAUAACAUAACUUAUAUCUGUAUUUAAGGACAUUUUUUGUGCAAUAUGAUCUGAUAUAGAAAUAAUUGCCACAAAUCAGGCUGUGGUUUGCAUUUUUUAGCAUAAACUAAUGCAGAAAAAGCCAAUUUUUAAAGUAUAACAACGGAAAUCCACAUGCUACAUAGCAUACCAUACACUGACUUUGAAGCCAACAUUUCUGUACUGGAAAAAGAGCUAUUUAUCACUGUUUAUCAAAAAAUCCUAAUGGGGAAUUUUGCUGUUGUUCACUGCCGAAACUGUGGCAUUUUCGUUACAGAGUUUGCAAUGUCAAAAAAAGCACAAACCAUUUGAAGGGAUCCAUGUCUGGUUGACAAAAAUCUAUGCGCUGAUAUUGUUUUUAAUUGUUAUACAAAAAAGAAUCUCUGUACAUUUCAGAUGUCAGAUACUGUAAUUGAUUGAUUAAAGACUGGUUAUCCAGUUCUAUCACUGUUGUGUAAUGUUAUGUACUUCAGCGAGAAAAAUGAAAAAGAAAAAAAAAGCUUGAUACUUAAGUUUUUGAAUAAUGACAUUUAAUAAAAGAUUGCCUACAUGUAGCAUUUUAAAACAUUUUGAUGAAUAGCAUCUGUCCUGUGGCAUAUUUUUCUUGAUAAAGAAAUCCAGUGAAAAGCUGUGUUUUUAACCAAGAAAUAUUGUAAAAGCUUUUGAGGGUGACAAAUCUCAACUUUAGACCUCCCCAGUUUUCAAAAGUAGUUGCAGAAAUUGAGUUAAAACUGAACAUUGACUAGUGUAUCCAAAUGAAAGACAGCAUAGUGCCCAAACCUCCUUCUUGCCAUGUUAUUUUAACUGCUUUGGCUUGAUCUUUAAAACAAGAAAAUACUUGCCUGAUGAUGCACUUUUGACAUUCAAAAAAUGAUACCCCGUAAUAUACAAUACUUUAUCAUCUUCGAAUUUAUGUAAAGUUGAUGAGCCUGUUUUUUCCAUAUUUUGAAUUUUGUAAAUUCAGGAGCAUGGGUGUGUGUGUGUGUGUGUGUGUGUGUGUGGGUGGCGCGCAGAGGUAUCAUGGAUUAAAACACAGUAAUGACGUGUGUGUGGGUGUGUGUGUGGGUGUGUUAGCACCACGCAUUCCCAUGGAGCUGAAUCUUACAAAUCGUCCAAGAUCCAGCUCCUAUGUCUAGACUAUUAAACUCCUGGGAGCUAUUUUUUUUCUAUCUGAAUCAAAAUAAGUGACUUUGAAUAAAAGUUUAAAAGAACUUAUAAUCACUGGGAACACUGGCCUUAUACUAGGGGUGGUUUUACAAUUUUAGGUUUCCUUUUUCAUUUUUUUACUACCUCUCAUUUUCUUUUAGUUUAUUAAACAUUUCAAAUAACAGGUUUUCGGUUUUGCUUUUCAACUUAGUUUACUUGAAACCUGGCAUUGUAAAUUUUUUUCUCAUGAACCUAAAACAUUUAAAGAACUGUUUUUUAAGUGAAUUUGAUUUUAUAAUUUAUAUAGAAUUCAGGAGAUCUGAUUAAAAGGGCUAUUCUCUAUUCCCUAUGCAAAUACUUUAACUGUUGUAGUGUUGGUCAAAAUGGGACUAAACAAUUCUGCAAAGUAGGAAACAAUGUUCUGUUUACACUGGCGUUGCUGACUAUCCUACCAUAUUCAGCACUUUUAAAUACAUUGUUAUUUAUGAAAAUGUAGUUAAAAUGCAAGACAUAAAAUAUUUAUAACAAUCAUUUCUUUUAAUAAAUGCCUGUUUGUCUGAAAAUGUUACUGUGUUAUACUUUAUUUAUGUUGGUUAUUUACCAUGUGAAUAGAAAUUUUUGAUGAUAUAUUGUUAGAAAAAUAGCUAUGAAAAUGUUUACAAAAUAUAGAUAACCAAAUUUUUUUUUUCCUGAAGAAUGAAGAAGGAAAAAAAAAAACUCAACCAGAAAGGAUCAUUUCUCCUACUGUGAAGUUUUGUUGUCGCUGAAAUGACUUAAGAUUUUUUCUUAAAAUUAAAAUUACAUUUAUUAUACUACUACUGUGUAUAUACAUAAUCAAGUUUUGGAUUUGUUACAGUGUUUGCGGCACAAAAAAUUGGUGCACAUGAGUAGAAAGUGUACAAAAUAUCAUGUCAGACCGCAUGUAUAAAAUUCUUUAGAAUGUAGACUUUAUAUUCUUGGUGUUACUAUUUGGUGACCUGCUCUUCAUAGGCUAUCUUUAUAAGAUAUUUUAGCAAUUAGAAGAAUUGUCUGAUUGACAAGAAUAUCCUUGAAAUGUAACCAAACCUAAACAUAAAGGCCCUGAUAUAAAUAUCCUAGUUUCUAGCAUUGGAGUUUGGAAGUCCGUAUUUUUCAAUAGCUGCUCCUGGUUGAGAGGUGAGAAAGACACUGAAUUGAGUGUAACGGUAGAAUGAGUUUCAACUUCACUUGUUAGUCUGUGUGAACAUUUCCAUGACAAGCUUCUAUUUUCAGGAGUUUAUAAUUUAAUCAUAAAACUUCACCCCACUGUGAAGUUUCUGCCUGAGUGAUGCAUUUUCUGCUUCACCAAAUUUUUAAAAAAACUCGCUAAUUUUAAAUGAACUCCCAAGCAUUUAGUACAGUGCUGUGAAGACAGUAAGGACUCAAUAAAUACGAUUAAAUGAAUGAACAUGAAACAACCAAGACAAAAAUGAAGAAACACAAGUCUUAGGUUUUAUCUCCCCCCAUUUUGAUAGCAUGACAUGUUUUUCAGAAACAGUGGCAAACCUCCAGGAAUUAAAAGAAAUGAUUCUCGGCAAAUACAGCAGGCACUCUAUAAGUUGCUUUAUGUCUUUUACAUCCAUAGGCUCACAUUUAGGAUGCCACUGUGGUAAUUUGCAAGUGAACUGAUAAAUGUUGAUGUGCUUCCUGAAAAUGUCCCACAGAAAAGUGAAGUGGAUAGUUGAAGCAAUUAUCUCUACGAUAGAAGCAAAAACCAAUGCUGUUGAGGAAAAGGAGGGGUUCUGGGACCAUAAUUAUCCGGGUCAACUGUUUCUACCCAUGGACUUUGCUUGGUAAAUCUCAAUUCUCCUCUUCUUCCUGUAUGUGGAAUCAGAAUUGUCCCAUGAAGUAGCUUAAGUCUUGGGAGAACCAUUAUGGGUAUUUUGCAAAGAUAGAAUAAAAGUUAAAUCAGUUCAACACAGCAUUAGUGACACUUGUACAAAGUUUAGCCAGUGUAGAUGCUCACUGAAAUCUUGAAAUUGUAAUGGAUGAUAAUUUAAGGCCAAAACAUAAUCUUGUUGCUCUUUGGUAAUCUUUAACAAUUGUAAAUAAUCAAGAUAUUCAAUUUUGAGAAUUGGUUGCAGUGCAUGCAGUGUUCAUUAAUGUACUUUAAUGAUGCCUCAGUAUGUAUUUACCUGUAUGAUGAAAUAAUCUAAAUGUGUAUUUGCCUGACACUUCCAUUUUUCAGAAGGACAAUAGGAACAGGUAAAUAAUACACAUUUAUUUUAAAAUGAUGAAAUAUAUAUUCAUACCACUGGGCAAAAAUAUAAAGUGUACCUGGUUCUCUAUUUCUUUCUACAGACAAAUUAAAUUUGUUCAAAAAUGUAGUGGCAUUAUAAUUGUGACAUUUUAAAUUUGAUAAGAAUGGAAAGCAAAAAUGUUUUAAGCAGCUCAGGAGGCAAGAAAAUAUGAAACAUGAACUUAAAAGCAUAUUGGAAAUAAUAUAGGAUUCCAUUUAAAAUGCAGUAGGAGUAUAGUUAGGAAAAGUCCAAAACCCCUAUUACAAGAACAUUGUUGAACUUCAGUGGCAUUGUAUUUGAGGAGAACUCUUUAUAUAAAAAUAUGGCUAAGGUGUAUUUGGGGGGCUGUAAAAUGAAUAUUCUGAAACAAAAACCUAGCCUCAGUUGCAGGGAGAAGGAAACUGACAAAUCCAGGCUAUGGCCUGCUUUUCUUUAAAGUGGAAUUGAAUGACUAGAUGGUUUAAGGGGAAGAUGGUGUUUAAACCUGUAUUUUUUUUUCCCCUGGUAUGGAUAGGUGACUUAUGAAUGAACUGAAGAAGAAGAAGAAGUUUGCUAAUGUCCCUUUAUUUUUUUUUCCUUUUGUGCAAAUGACACACACCCUAUUACAGAGAAAAUUGUCAGGGCUUCCUUCUUGCAAGGAAAGCCUUGUUAAGGCUACUGGGAAGGUAAAAUAUAGAAUGAUCAAAAGGCAGUCCUGAAAGGGGUUUGGUCAUUAUUUUGCUGCCACAAAUACAGCACGUUCCAGACAGAAAAAAAAAAAUCUCAUUAGAUUCAUCAACCUGGGUUUCUGGGAAGGAAGAGGCUUCCCCACGCCCUCUUCCUUCUCCCAGCUGUGGCUCUAAGAUUCUUUGCAAUUUUAGUGGGGGACUUUGCCUUGGGUCAGAAAAGUUUAAAGGCCGCUUGAUUUCUGACUCCUCCAACUCCUCCCCAAUGAACUCGGCUUAACCACUAGGGUCCUGGAAGGGAGUAGUCCAAUCCAAAUGCCCAAGCUGGUACCAGGAAGCCAUCCUGCUUUGAGGGGUGUGGAGAUAGGGGAGGGAUCCUUCCAGUUGACUGCAACGAUUAGACUCCUUUGGACUCUGGCUUUUGCUGAAUUAUCCUGAUGCUACACUGAUGGAAGCCAAGCACAGUGUUUCUUGUCAUACCGCUAGUGGGCAAACACAGCUCAUUUCACACCUUGAGAACAUGUCUUCCCACACUAAGGGAAUUUGGAUGUCCAGAUGGGCUCGGUGUUAGGACAUCACCACCUUCCCACUGACAGCUUCUAAUGAACUAGAAGAAAACUUAUGUUGCAUGAAUAAGAUGUAAUAGGCAGUGCUCUAAAACUAUUUAAUAUGUCAGACUAACUGCAGGCGUUGUGUUUUCCACUUCUUUUUUUCUUUAAGCACCAGUAAUUUGCUCUAGGGUUUUCUUUUCCAAAGCACCUUCAGUUGCUUUGCAUAGUAACACCCACAGUGCUGUACGGAUCUCUCCCCAACCUGAGGAGUGUGAGGUAUAGUGUCAUCCACGGCCAGCCUGCCCUCCCUUUCCCUCCCUGCCCCCCACCCAACCACCACCAUCACCUCCCCCACCCUGCAUCACUGAUAAAGUUUGAGAAGCACUAGCUUCUUGAGGCCUAAGGAAGGAAGAGUGGGAAGCAAGAGAUAAAGAUUUUUGCGAUGUUUCAACACUGAAAAAAUUCAGGACAGAGAGCCCAAGCAGAGAGGAAGAGAGGCAAAAAGAAAAAGGCUUCCCCAGAGCAUGAAUCACAGAUGUCAUAAUGGAGGAGGGCCAGCUUUUAAGUUUGAAAAUUUGGGACAUGGCUUGCUUUGCUUGCCUUUCAAGCUGGGCUGCUAUUGUUCAACUAUGGGAUGGUCACGUGACCCCUCCCAACGACCGUUGCAGGAAAGAGACCAGGCGGUGAGGUGGGCAACGCCAUAUGUAUGGACUAAGUGGAAACCCUUGUUAAUUUGGGACCCCAUAUUUGAAACUCUGCUUUGUCUUCCUUUUUCAGUGUUUACUCUUCCUGUUCCAGUUAGUUUUUUGUUGGAUUUUAAAGUAGUUAGCCUAAAGCUGGCUUGCUGAAAUAUGCUAGAGAAAAGAUUCAAUCUUAACCUCACAAACUUUCUUCUCUCACUAUUCCCAAACCCAGUUGGAUCACAUUUGCUUCUAGAAGACUCAGCCAUGGACUAGGUGGGCAUUAACAAAUCUGCAUGAUAAUUCCUAGCCUCCAAAACAAACACUUUAGCCUCAGUUAUCCUACUGAAAUAGCUGGAAAAGUGCUUUGUACCCUUCUUAACCUGAAAUAUCUGAGGGAUUUGAUAGAAGGAUAAGGCUAGUGAUAAGCCAUUAGGGUGUCAUCAAAUAAAAUGUCUACUAGUGA